AUGGCGCCGCCUGAUGAUCUUAGCUUGGAAGAUUGGAUGGACACCAGGACCGACUCCUACGACAUCUAUGUUCUUGGGUACUCCACUUUGCCAACCGAUUUGUCAUCUCUUAAUUUAUCAGCGUUGUCUUUCAUCAGGAUGGUGCAGUUCCAGGAGAUGGUGCCACUGAACGCGAGGAGCGUGCUUGGCCCGAAACAGAGGCGGGCAACCAUGAAGUGGCAGCUGCUCAUCGGUGACGCAUUGAACAACAGGAGGCAUGGUGAUGGAGCUGCAGCAAUGCACGAUCAACGAGGACAGAGCGGCUUGUUCAGGUGCCUCAUGAGCAAGCAGAUGGUCAGCAUCUUCGUGUCGGUGUGGACAAGGAGCAGCCUCCGCCGGCACGUCCGCCACCCUGGCGUCUCCAGCGUCGGCGCCGGCGUCCUCGGCCGGCUCGGCAACAAGGGCGCGGUGUCCGUCCGGUUCUUGCUUCAAAGCACGAGCUUCAGCUUCGUCUGCUGCCACCUGGCCUCAGGCGGCGAGGACGGCGACGCGCUACGCCGGAACGCUGACGCCGCGGGCAUCCUCUCCAGGACCAGCUUCGUCCGCUCCGGCGGCGCGCCGGCAGCACCGGAUGAGCUGCCCAAGAAGAUUCUUGGCCAUGACCGCGUGGUGUUGUUCGGGGACCUCAACUACCGGAUCGCCAUGGACGACGACGACGAGGCACGGCAGCUGGUGCGGCUCAGGAAAUGGAGCAUGCUGCUGGAGAACGACGAGCUGCUGCUGGAGCUCUCCAAGGGCCGUCAGUUCGACGGCUGGCACGAGGGCCACGUCACCUUCGCCCCGACCUACAAGUAUCGCCGCAACUCCGACCAGUUCUACUGGUGCGACCGGAUCCUGUGUCGCGGGAAGGGGAUGAAGCAGGUCCGGUACGAGCGCUGCGGUGGCUACCGGCUGUCCGAUCACCGCCCGGUGAGGGCCGUGUUCCACGUCGUGUGCGAACUGGCAGAAGGCAUGGAUGGUUAA